AUGGACCAAUAUCAAGGUCGUUCAUCGGCCCGAGUUCUACCUGGGGAAGCCGUUGGAGACGACGUUGGGUUACUCAGUGGUAAGGAUGAUCAAGUCGAAAGCACAACAACGACUGCCAUGGAGCCUCUAUCCCAUCCCCGAGGUCGGCAUUCAAGAGGAAGUUCUCGUGAAGAACGAUUGCGAUCCAUUGAUGAAAGCGACAGCAUGCGGGACACUGGAUACGAACUCGUGGAGCCUCCAACUCCUGCGAAGCCUCGCACUCUGAUUCCGGGCCCUUCCAGCGCCUCUUCCAUGCUCAGGAGAUUAACCACCAAAUAUGCGCCCAUAUCACGUCCGCGAUUUCGAUCCAACAAACGAUCCAAAGGUCGCGCAUACGCGACGUUAGGCGAUGCCGACGGCGAUCAGCCUGCCGCAGACAUUUCUACACUCACGGGUCUGGGCUGGGAGAUGAACGACAUGUCAAACCCUGAUGCGACCGGCCUUGGAGACAGUGAUACACGAUAUGUGCCACCAACACCAUCCAGUCGCAAACCCGACUUUCGCAGCUUCGUGGAUAAACGCCGCUCAGUGGGCGAAGGCAUGAGGGAUAUUGGUGUUCAGCUUAAACGCGACCCCACAAAGGUGGUAAGAAGACCGACUGAUGACGCGCAAAGCAGUCAGAGUGCAGAAGUUCAAGUCGAUCGAGCCAAGACUGUGAAGAAGUUUGGGCAGAAUCUGGCACAAGAGAAGAAAACCAUUGUCGAAAUCGAGGAAGUGGUUGAUCUAAGUUCAUUGGAGGGCGGGCAACCAGACAAUCGAGCAAGUCGAGGAUUUGACAUGAGGCAGAGCUUUAUGCCGCAAGAGACCAAGAGCUACUACUUUCCCGAAGAUCCAGAUGUCCCCAACUGGAAACCGUUCUCCAUGAGCAGCAUCUACAUCCUCUCCUUGAUGGCACUUGCUCUAUUUCUGGCUGGGAUACAAGAGUAUGUCUGCCAGAGAUCCAUCAAGCGUGCGGCCGAAAACAGUGGGCUUCUGGCGUUCAAUGAAGUCAGCCAGAUUUCCACGCCAGACUUCUUCGCUUGGAAAUAUCUCCCUACCAUGGUGACCAUCAUUUAUGCUGUCAUGUUCUCCAUCAUGGACUUUGAUAUCCGACGACUUGAACCUUUCUACCAGCUUUCACGACUCGAUGGCGCCCGAGCAUCAGCCAGCCUCAACCUCGAUCACUUGACCAUGUUCCAAUACUUCGUUCCGUUCAAGGCCUUUCAACUGAAGCAGUAUGCGGUCUUGUUUUCCGCCACCGGAAACAUCAUCGCAUCUAUGGUGGGCCCUUCUUUACAGAAUCCGUCACUCAAUAUGUACAACAAUCCGAAAUGUCCUAAUGGAGAAUGUCCUCCACACACGGACGAGAAGGCCUAUUGGGUUCGGACCUCUACAACCUGGUCUCGAAUCCUGUCUGGGAGUUACUUGGUCGUGGCUCUUAUCCUCGUCAUUCUGUUCGUCCAAUUACGCCGAAAAUCUGGCUUACUCAGUGACCCGAAAGGGAUCGCCGGCAUCGCAUCCAUGGCGACCAAAUCGCAUAUCUUGCAGGAUUUCGCCGGAAUGGACAUGGCCACCCGUGGGAAGAUUCACAGGAGGCUUCAGCAUCGCCGCUAUGUGCUGUACAAAUCGUCAAUCUGGCAGGGAGAGUGGACUGCGACGCAGGAACCUCCUCAAGACAGUGAGAGCAGGCUAAGCAGCCCACACCCUGUCAUGCUCAGGCUGAAGGCAGGAAUCCCGUUUCUGCUUCUGAUGGUCUUCUGCUUGAUUACGAUACCGGUCAUCACUUUGACCAAUGCCAGGGUCGUGCCAAAUGCGGUGCCAUGGCUUCCCAUUGUCAUUGCGACUGCUUUGAAAUUGUUGUUCAGCACGUUUGAAGCCGACGUUCGUCUCAUGGAACCAUUCUACCAAUUGUCAAAGGGUAGAGCGAGACCCGAAAACAGUCUGACACUCGACUAUCAGGCGACAGUGUAUGGUUGGAUGCCCUUCAAGGCCCUGUGGAACCGACAUUACAUUGUGGCGUUGGUGGGAUUUUCUUCAGUCAUUCUGGAUGUCCUGACCGUGACAGUGGGUUCAUUUUCGGUCAACUCGGAAGUGUUUCUGAACCUGAAAAAGAAGCGCAAGGGUGAGUCCAACGGCGACGAGACUUUUGUGUCUUUUUGGGUAUCACUUGUCCUCUCUGUGAGCAUACUCCUGGUGGUUAUUGCGACCACAAUAUUGGUAUAUGUUCGACGACGGCAUCCAUUCCUACCACGAGAGCCUUCGACGAUUGCGGCGGUGAUAGCAUUCAUCUAUGCCAGCAAUAUGCUUACCGACUUCAUUGACACUGAAACUCUGAACAACAAGCAGAUGGAACAGAGGCUGAUUGGGCUGGGCAAGAGGUAUGGCCUUGGGUGGUUCAAAGGACGAGAUGGGCAAAUGCAUUGCGCUAUCGACGAAGAACCCAUGAGGAGCAAAUAUGUGCACGGCAAGCCAUAUACAAUGGCGCAGGCAGGACCCUUGCAGUCACAUGAGACAUUUGCUUUUGUAUAG